CAGAGGUGGGGGCAUUUUCAUCCUUUCGUCCUUAACGAUGACAAAAGACCGCUAUAAAUCGCCUAGCCUCGAAGAAUUUUCAAGACAAGAAACCAUCAUCAGCUCUACCACCACCACCAGGCAAAUUUUGCAUAUUCCUUUGUUUUUAGUAUCUCGAUUGAAAAGGUUAAUUCUUUAGGAGCCCGUUUUCUUUCUAGCUUUGAUUUUCAACCGCCGGUACACUGUGUAAUCUAACAUGAAGAAUGAGAAAGGCGAGGUGAGGGCUUCCAACACGGGCGAACUGGAUAUGGAGCAAGAAGACCAGAAGAUGGAGCAGUUUUUCGCGUUGAUUAGAAGUUUUCAGGAAGCACGUAAGAGAAGGGAAGAUGAGUUGGAGGAGAAGCAAAAGAACAAGAAGGUAAGAAGGUUAAAUGAUGACGAACCGCAGUCAAGUUGGGUGCCAUCUUUUGAAUGGGAAGAUUUCACGGAGGAUAUUAAGUUUAGAAGGCCUCCUCUCAUCUUCCCUAGUCCUUGUAACGACAAGAAGAUCUCAGAUGACAAGAAACCUAAAGAAGAAGAUGGUUUAGAUCUCAGACUCACUCUAUGAUGUUGUACGUCGUAGUUCAAUGAAAUCAGUUAAUCAAUGCAUGGUUUCUAACGUUGUCUUCUUUAUUCUUUUGUUCAUGUGGCAUCCAGUUCUUAUUUUAUUUUCAUCUGGAUUUUUGGUUUUAGAAUUGUAUCAUGGAUUGAAAGGGGGUAUGAUUCCCCUACAUUAGCUUUGAAAAUCGAUGUAUAAUAUGACAUUAAAACAUUAAAUAACAACAUGUUUGCG